ACCAGUGCCGUCUAAGGGUCAAGAUAGCCGCGUCAGACCCAUCAGAAAUCAUCUGUCCUCGAUGUUCCGGGCAAUUCCUUUACGAGGUUGAGAUGAACAGAUGUCGGAGACGAAAUCGAUGGAACCUAAUGCUGAAACCCGUCCCUGGAGGCUUCGAAAUCAGAGUUUAGAUGGGAGAGCGCACUCGGAAGAUGAACCUGGACUCCAAUUUAGACCAAUAAGGUGGAUCGACCUCAGGCCAAUAACCGAACCAAAUUUGCCACCUGAAAACCCGAUGCCUCCCAGGGUUAGCCCCAAGGACUACUUUUUCGGCCCAGUCCUAAACGAGCUUAUCGAACGAGUGACCCAAAAUCACCAACCAGGGCUGCCGCCGGCACCCGAAUCAGUUAUCAACGUAAUACCAACGGUCAAGGUCACGGAAACUCAUUUGGUAAAUGAAUCGCAUUGUCCAGUUUGGAAAGAGUUGCCAUCUGUUGAAAAGAGUUGCCAUCUGUUCCUGAAAAUAGCACUCCUGCGCAUGAUGAUCAUCGUGAACAUGUUGAUCAUCGUGAACGUAAGUCUGUAGAUGCCUCGAAUGGAACGUAUCUGACGUUGAGGAGGCAGUUGGGAAACUUGUGGCCAGAUCGUCCAAGGUAUGGAGGAAUCAGUCCUCUUGGAGAGCAUUAUGGUGCUUUCCAUGGACGCGAGAUUUGAUCAGUACUUCAUGAAGAUUAUUCUAUCUUUACAGCAAUAUUUAAAGAUUAUAUAUGGUAUCAAAUUAUUUAAAGAAUGAAUUCAGCUUCAUUCUUGUAGAUAUUAGCCCAAAAUAUUCUUUUGCCCCGAAAGCCCUAAAAUUAAUAUGAAUUUCAUGUUUACAUGUUUAUAUAUACAUGUUAGACUAUGGAUGUGGAAAGAAAUCCUGUAUAGCUGGUAGAUUCAGUAACCUUCUACUCUUUCCUCGCUGGUAAUUGUUAGGUCCCAAUAGAAGUCGUCUUCUUUGUGCAUCUUGCGUGCAUUGCUAAUUUGU